AUGGACUUCAAAAAUAAAGUAGUGAUUGUGACGGGAGCUAGUUCAGGGAUCGGAGCAGCGUCAGCCGUUCUCUUCGCCAAACAUGGAGCCAAACUCACUCUCAUCGGCAGAAACGAACAGAGACUUGAAGCAGUUGCCAAAAAGUGUCAAGAUGCUAAUGGAAUACCACCACUGUGUCUUAGACUAGACCUGACUGCCGCUGGAAGCUGUGCGGCUGUUAUCACCAAAACUAUAGCAACAUACGAUAGAAUUGAUGUCCUAGUGAACUGUGCUGCAAAAAUGCUAAUCGGAUCCUUAUUCGAUGAUAAUAUUGACACUUUUGAUGAAAUGAUCGAUAUCAACCUUCGUGUGCCUUACAAAUUAACGCAUCUAGCCUUACCGUAUCUCAUAAAAACUAAAGGGAAUAUUGUCAAUUUGCAUGCAACAAAAUACACUAAGGUCGUUCAUGGAUUUCUACCUUACGCCAUCUCGAAAGCUGGUUUAGAAAGGUUCACUAGAUUCUCCGCUGUCGAACUGGCAACUGAAGGAGUAAGAGUAAAUGCUGUUCAGCCAGGACUUACCAGAACGAAUAUACUAGCAAAUCUGGCUAUGGGAGAAGAUGAAAUGGAACACACAUAUGAACACCUAUCGAAUAAAAUGAAGAUUUUGGACCCAGAAGAAGUGGCAAAAAUGGUAGUGUUUGUGGCUAGUGAGGUCUGUCCAAAUCUGAAUGGUUCAGAUAUAGGACUAACUGGUGCAUCUUGGAUGAUUUGA